AUGAAGGAGUCCAGCUGCCACAACGCAAAAUUGGAGGCAUACUGCAACGCAAAAUUGGAGGCAGUACGUCGCCUCAAAUUCAAGUUCGACGGUCUCGAGCUAAACCACAUCGCGAGCAAGUACAAUGAGGAAGCGGACAAAUUGGCCAAGAUCGCAUUUGGGUGGACCACCAUUCCCCCGAACGUCUUCGUCCGCGACCUCGCCAAGCCAUCCGUCGAUUUUAAGAACCCAGCGGAAGCCACCAGAGCAGCACCCGAACCCUCGGGAGCUACGACCGCCGAGCCCUCGGCCAAAGACCCCUCGGUGGAGGAGUCCGAGGCCAUGGACACAGAAACCGAGAUCUCCUCUGCGGACGGGGCUGAAGCGAUGGAGAUUGACGAGGCCCCGCCUUCACGUGACUGGCGCACCCAGUACCUCGACUGGAUGAUCCGAGAGAUCCAACCCUCAGACCGCGCUCAGGCGUUGCCAGGUGAGCCAACUCUUUUGUCUUGA